GCAUGAUAUAGGAUGUGGUUGCGUAAUAUGGCACGUGCUACCGGAAGAGGUCAAUAGGUGGUCGAUACGGGCAGGACGCGGUACGUGGGAUUCCGUUAGAAUUAGACGUAAACGCUUGAAGAAGUGGUAUUUUUACAUGCAGCGCUGCGCAUAGAUUUGCGUCAAAAGAUGUCAUCGAUGAAUUCGAGCAGGAUUAGAGCUGCAGAAAAUACAAUCAGUGAGGAUGAGAAAGCUGUUUAUGAUCGACAGAUACGUUUAUGGGGUUUAGAAACUCAGAAUCGGUUGCGCAGUUCGACAGUAUUGGUUGCUGGUAUGUCAGGGUGUGGAAGCGAAGUGUCAAAGAAUUUAAUGUUAACUGGAUUAAAAUCAUUGACCUUGUUGGACAAUAAAACAAUUUGUGCGGAUGAUUAUUGUAAUCAGUUCUUAUUGCAACGUGGCAGUGAAGGCAAAAAUCGUGCUGAAGCAUCACGACAGAAAUGUCAGUUAUUAAAUCCAAAUGUGGAAUUACAUGUGGAUACGGGAGAUAUAUCCGAAAAAGAUGAAAAGUUUUUCAAUAAUUUCGAUUUGAUUAUUUUGGUUGACCAGAAAUACGCCGUUGUUAGUCAAAUCAGUAAAAUAUGUCGGGAUAUUAGAAAACCAUUUAUUGCUGGAGGCGUUUUUGGUUGGGUAGGAUACGCAUUUUUCGACUUUACAGACUGUUUAUUUUUAGUGACUAUGCCGAAAAUAAGGGCAGGUAGUGUACUUGACGAUGACUCUGUAGGAGAUGGUCCCUCAUCAGCAAAAAAACAAAGAGUCGAUAUUGAAUUAGAAAAUGGAAAAGGAGGGAAGGAAAAUGAAGCAUCAGUGAAUGUGGUACUGGAUGAUGAAGACGAAAAAGUGCAGAUGACAUUUUCAUACCCAUUAUGGGACGAUGCAUGGAAUGUUGACUGGUCUCAUAAACGGCUGAUUCGUAAAGCGAAACAAAUUUUGCCGAGAUCAUAUUUCCCAAUCCGAGUUAUGCUUCGAUUGCAAGAUAGUGAUGAUGCUGUAGAUCAAGAAAAAUUUGUAGAACUGUGGAAGAAAGAACUGGAGCAAUGCAAUCAUGUCCUUGAUGACGAAUAUUUCAACGUCAAAUAUUUUUCACAUUUUGUUGGACCUCAACUUAGCUCAGCAUGUGCCAUCGUUGGAGCACAUAUAGCACAGGAAGCAAUAAAGGCACUUUCGCAAAAAGAUGAUCCUCUUCGAAAUGUGUUCUUUUAUUCGGCAAUUGAUACCAGUGGUAUUGUUUGCCAUUUGCCACCGAUCACAUAAUUUCAUUGUUGAUUUCGAUAAUAUUAAUGAAUUCAGCCUUUAUAGAUGAUCUCACAUUAUAUUUCAUUUUUUUAAAUAUCAUCAUUAUUGUUUUGGCUCGUUCUGAAUAAUGGUGAAUACUUUAUUGCUAAAUCGAUUUGUUUUGGCUGUCUGCAGAUGAUGGAAAAAUUCGAGUUUAUAUCAUGCAAAUAUCAGAUAAACUGACACAAACAACUUGACUUAUAAAAUUUAAAUAAUAGAAUUCCAUGAAAUAUGCAAGUUUUUGUGUUUUUAAAAAAGCUUGUCAUUGGAAAAAUGGAACGGCAAGGUGGCGGUAUUUUGAAGCGACAGGAAUGAUGGUAUAAAGCCGGGAGAUAUGAUUGUGAUGUAGAUUGUGUCACUUACAUGGAGUAAUAUCUAGACGAUCCAAUGAUUAAAUCAAUACGAAUAAUUGGUUCUUACUUUUUAUCGUACUUUGCAUUCUUUGUUUUUGUAUGUUCGGUGUAUGCAAAUGCUUCUCACUUCAUCUUUUAUGUAUUGUACUGUUUAUGAAAAACGAAAAAAAAGGCAAAAUUGUUUAUUUUGUCACUUUGAUAAAUUUGCUCAAA